GUUUUGGCUGACUACCAUCAAUUUGAUCAGUGCGGUAAGGCGAUCGAGGGAAGUUCCAACUUGGUGAAACUUGCACCCCAGAUAACUUUCAGUCGCACCAAAUAUAAAGGCCAACGACAAAGAAGAUGCGACAUCUACGCGUCAAGAAGCCAAACCCGGCUGUCUUCCACAUCUGUAUUCCUUACAACGCUCAUGAAGAAGGUUAUCACCAAGAUGCUGAUGAUGUGGAACUCCAGCUGGAUGCUCUUCUCCUGCAGCUGAACACUGGCGAGUAUCUCCAGGAGGGGGACGGGGAUACUGAAGACGAGAUGUUGGGGACGGAGAGCGAGACGAUGCUGGCAGAAGCACGGUUUGGGGAAACACAUUCAGUUGCUAGUACCGAUUUACUCGAGCACGGCAUCAGUUCGAGAUCUCUGAAUGGCAUAGAGAAUGCCGCAGUGGAAGGAGACGCCCCUCUUGCAAGUAUUGAUGACGCUCUGGCACCAUCUCCGAAGAAGACGGAGCUAGAGAACGAAGGGGAGCGUCAAUCAGUGCGGAGCUGUAGCGCUGCUGAGCUGCCGACCACGGCUACCAAUUCAGCAGUUUGGCCGCCAUUACGAAGUGACAGUCUGGGCGACACUUUGGACUACUCUAGGGUUAGCUUACCAUCUUAUCCGGAUUCGACUCACGACUUUUUCAAGCCGCCGACAUCAAAAGCUCGGGAGGUGAUUAAACAGUUCUUGAAAGAUGGGGACAACGAGAAGGUGUUUCAGUUGCUGAAUCGUGCCUUGAAAUCAGACUUGAAUCUUGACAAUGCUAUAUAUCGAAUACUGGACAUAUUAGAAAGAUGGGAUGUUGAUAUUGCAAGUGAUUGUUUCAUAGAGAAAGGGACGAGUGCUUCGUUGUUGCAUACUGCCCUGCUCUUUAGGAAGGAAAAUGCUACAAAGAGACUCGUAGAACAGUUUCCUGAUCUCCUGUACGUAAACUACACCAGUAAAAAGUACAAGGACCAGACGUGUUUUCACAUUGCUGUCGCGAAUAACGACUGUGGAUUGAUAUCUAAGAUGCUUUGCUCGAUAAAGGACCGAUCGGAACGGAAAGCGCUGCUGAACACCGUAGCUGGCGGAGACUAUUUUAAUCACGAGAGACCGGAAGCGUCCACGUGUCUCUCUGCGGCUGCGUGGAUGGGUCAGUUGGACAUGAUUGAGCGGCUCAUUGUAGAGGGCGCUGAUCUUGAGUUGCGGGGGGUCGGUGGGAAUACCCUGCUUCAUUUCAUAGUCAUGCUGUCUAUCAAGAAAUUGAAUAUGCUAACAGCGAGGAAGCUAUUCAAAGCCGUUUAUGAGAACAGUGGUUGGUGGUGGGGCGACGCAAAGGACAUUGGAACGUCAGUAGACAAUGAAAGCUUAAAGAGAGAAGCUUUUCGAUAUCUCAUGAGGAUACCCAACGAUGCAGGCUUGACCCCAGCCGCCCUCGCUGUCCAACUCCAUUCACCUCUUACCGGUUUCAUACUGAGCCUUGAACCGGUCUUCAAGCUCCAGCAAUCAGAGUUAGGUGAAAUGGGUGCAGCCACCUAUGACGUGACGGGUGUUCUCAGCUUUACGCCAUCUAGUGACGGAAUGGGAAGAUGGCAUUACAACGUAGGUUCCAUCCUUCACACCCUCGCCCACACAGACAAGGUCAUUGCCACUGACAAGUCCGACGGGACAAUCAAGGACGUGGCAGAAAUGGAACCGAUUAGCUCAGCCAUCCAGAUGAAGUGGAAGGUCUACCGGUGGAUAUAUCUAAUCUGGUUCAUCGUGCAUGCGCUGUUCAUGACUGUGUUGACCAGCACUGCACUGCAUCAUCACGACACGAAAUCCAAAAAUCAGGACGGCCCAGUGUUUGGUCUAUUUCUUCCCCUGCCGUUGGUCUAUCUGGUCUUUGAGGCUGCUGACUUUAGCUAUACUAUGUAUAGCUACAUAAUGACCUUUGGUGAGCCCAGAUCUGCAAUCAUCGCCUUCUUUAAACAGCAACUUAUCACAACUGGAAACAUCCCCUACAGAGUUGUUCUCAUCGUCUUCUCGUGGUGUAUGCUCGUUUGGUGCGGGAUGUAUCACCAAGGCAACCUAGAUCACGCGGUGCCACUAUCGAUGGCGCUCGUCCUAGGAUGGAUCUUCAUGUUGUUCUUCUGCCGAGGUUGCCGCCAUGUUUGCCGGUUCGCAACGAUGGUGCAGAGAAUGAUCUUCAGGGAUCUGCUCUUCUUCCUCGCAGUAUAUCUCUUCAUCGUGAUAGGGUUUUCAGCCGCGGUGCACGUGCUCCUACCCGAGGGUCAAGGUCAAGGUCAUCGUCAAACCACCUCAAUGACUUUCUUCCUGAUGUUGAAUGUGAUAAAUAAUAUGGACACCUCUCCUAUCGGACAAAACACUCUGCAUGGUGAUUACGCAAGACUUCUUCUAGGUGCCUAUGGUAUCGUCUCAGCAGUUCUGUUACUCAGCUUGCUGAUUUCGAUGAUGAAUACUACCUAUGUAGCCGUGAAGAGUUCUGACGUGAAUCUCUGGCGCUACCAGCAACUCUCCAUCAUGCUGCUAUUGGAGAGGCGAUUCUUCUGGUGGACUAAGCUGUGUAGGUUGUCACAGAAUGCGGCCAUCUUACGGUUCACCCAGGAUAUCACAGAUCCAGAGAGGAGGACCGGGAGGGUCUAUAUGAACAUCCAGGAACACAUCAAACAUUAGUGGGCGAAUCUUAGGUUGGUGCCAUCUGCUCUAGCAAACCCAUAAGAAAAGUCAUUUGGGCUAUUCCGAAUAAACGAAAGUUGUUAGCCCAACAUAUAGCCCUCAACCAACAAUGGUUCGGCAGACACUGCAGUUGUUGAUCAUAUUUUCCAAAUCUGGUCCAUUUAGAAACGCCUGUCGAAAUGCUCCUUGACUCUUGCAUUGCAUCUGACACUUAAUCAGGGAAUCUAUCUUCUUGGCUUCGAACAGCGUGACAAACCUCAAUUCAGCUAGGAACUUGGCAAUUGGUAAUAUCGGAUCAUCCUCUUGUUUGUCACCUGUCUCCGUGGUGUGAUUUGCAGCUGCCAGCCCCUGUGAGAGCACGGUAGCGCCGAUCCUGAUGAAGGCCCCCGCGGUGUUGUCCAGGGAGACGACAGUAGCCUGUUUCCAAGCCAGGGUGGUAUCGCCUUUGGACGAAACCAUAUUGAGAUUACCAAAAGCAUGACGACGAUUUGCCGGUUUAUCUGAUGCAGUCCAUUUGUUCUGUCAAUUUACUAUAACCGCAUUUUGGAAUCUGCUUCAAUCUUCCAUGAGGUGAUAAACUAGUAGAUACACUGAUCAGGUAUAUGAGUAUAGUCUCUUUGUCUUCUGCUCACGAACAAAUCGUACAAUGAAGUUGGUAUCUUCCUCUGGUGUUGUAGGCUGGAGGCAACAUAGUACAAACCAGCCUCAUAAACAACGACACUAACAUUAUGUCCUGGUUAUCUUGAAGAGAUAUUAGAAACAAAUAUGCUUAGCAGAACUUCCAUGGGAAUCUUUGGGCAUCUUCUGUGAGUAAAGUUUUAGCGUUUUCUUCUGAAAAUCAGAGUUCAUCCCAAGAUUUCAAAUGGUGAGAGUAGAAAAAUGGCUGGGGUAUAGAGGCAUUUACAAGAGUCUUGUAUAUAACCAAGUGAAGACUAUUAAUUCUUGAUAUUGCAAUUUGUAUUGCAAUCUUCAGUGGAAACAACGCAACAUGUUGCGUAAUUCUCGUCGAAACUUUGCAAUGGGUAAGGUAUACACAUAGAAAUUCAUUCCAUAAUUACAAUACUGAAAGAAGCCAGUAACGGAAUCGACAAAUUCAUAAAUGACUUUUGGUUUCUGACCUGCGUGAAUGUAACGGUAGUAUAUUUUCCCUAGUUGAAAUGGGAGGAGACAUAAGAAUGAACUAAUGGUCACUGCGAGUAACAUCAACGUGAUAUGGCCUUCCUUGUCGUGUCGUGACACUUGGCUGGCAUCAACACGUUGAAGCUUCUGGCGCUUUCUUUGAUUUGCCUUGAGAAUACAGACAAUACAAACAUUACUAAUGAGUAGUGCAAGUAAGGGAAUAUAGAAUAUACUUAUCAGUCUAAAAUGGGCGUAUACAUAGGACCAAUGCAGAUAUGCGUUUGUAAUCAACUUGCAGUCCUCCUCAUGUGUGAUGUAUGACCGUACAAACCCGACUGGUGCAUGCACCAACGUGAGGAUGAUAACGAUGAAAGAGGUGGUCACCUUAGCUCUGCCCACGUGACACCAGGCCUUAGCUUUGAGCGGUAUGGCUACUGCAAGAAGUCUGUCCACAGACAUCGUAGUGAGGAUGAUAGAGCUUACGGCGGGGGAGAGCCGUUUGAAGGAAUUCAGCAGAGCACAUGUAAAUGUUCUAUAUUCGAAUGACGGAUGACUCGUAGUCCACAUUUUGAAAUGAUCAACACUCAUCCAUGAAAUAAGAAACAUAGAAUCAAAAAUGGCCAGUAUUUUCAUGUAGAAACAUGUAGAUGAUGACUUGUACUGGUUUUGAGACAGGAGAAGGAAUGAAAGCACGUUACCGGUGACACCUACUACAAGAAUGCCAAGAGGGGCAACAAAGGAAAGCCAAAACGUCAAUCGUGGAAUAAGGUUAUCUUCUUCUUGUGAUGUAAGGGUAUAUAGUAUACUGUAAUCAACAGCAGAUGGCGUCUGGGAUUGCAUGGCGACGGUUGAUUCCUCCAUAAAGCCCGGAUAUAACAACACCGUAAAUAUAGUGUGGUCAGUUUGAAGUCAAAACAAUUCAUGAAAUACAAAGAACCAGCAACACUUCCGCAUCAACAAGUGCGUACCGAUGAAGCUAAUACUUUCAUUUCAAUCCGUAUUUAUAAAUGCUUUCAAAUAGAAUUUGUUUUUAGAAAUUCACUUCGUGACAAGAUGUCAAUAGAUAUAUAGAAUCAAUACUGGUGAUGGCUUAUAACAUGAAAGAGG